AUGGAUAGCUCAUACGACGAUAAGAUCACGUACUCGCCCUCGGGCCUUCCCCAGGUCCCCCCCAGCGAAUCUGGGCCCAAGUAUGGCCCGCUGCUGAUCCUGACAGUAGCCCCCCUCGUCGUAGGGGUCGUGGUUGCGCACGUAGUGUACACGCAGGGCGACAAGUCCGCUUACGAUCUCCGUAUGCUGACCGCCGCACUGAACGCGGAUAUGUUGUGGACGUGCUUGGCGGUGGUGGUGCUGGGGCGCGUGGUGGCGUUCGCGAAUUGCUACCCGCUAGCCGUGAAGGGGUGUUUUCUGACCAAGGACGACCGCCAACUGUGGGCAAACUCGUUUUUGUUGACUGAAAUCGGACCCAAUUGCGCCAAGAACGUAGUGGUGAUGGACUCGGAGGGCGAUGUGGGCAUGUACAACCGAGCCAACCGCGCCCUCCAAGAUAUGGUACAAACCUGCGGCGUUGUGCUGGCCGCGCUGUUCUUGGCAUCGACCGUGUUUGCGUUCCCUGCGUUUGCCGUGUCGCUUGCGUUUUGCUGGGGGUGGGUUGUGCACGUUGUGUCGUUCGCGAUGAACUACGACAGCCACGGGCUCGGCUACUUGUUGGCGACGCUAGCGGCUGCCACGUUGGAGGGCAUGGUGGCGCUGAUGGCACUGAAGAUUCUGUGGGGGUUUUAG